AUGGAUCCCAAGCCUGCCAACUAUACACCAGCAUAUCGUCCGACAGUCGACGAGCUGCUCCAGCGCAACAAAGACUAUGCGGCCACUGUACAUAAACCUUGGCCUGACUUGGGCGAGUUGCUGGAAUGGACUUCGCCAUCCACCAUUGUCGUUGCCUGUUCUGACCCGCGAUGCGAUCCUCAGCAAUUCUUGCAGGGGAAAAGAGGUGAAAUUGCCGCAAUUAGAAAUUUAGGCGGCCAAGUCGAGAUCAGCAUCGUGGAUAUCGCUACUCUAGACAGCGAGUUCCAAUUCAAGGAGCUCGUGAUUGUUCACCACACUAAUUGUGGCGUCACAAGUUUGACGGCAGAUGGAGUCUAUGAGUACCUGAAGGAGAAUCUCCCCAGUACUAGUCAAGAAGAGCUGGCAGCAUUUCCGAUUGCUCUUUUCUCCAAGUGUGUUCCCUAG